AUGGAGAAGAGCAAAGGGAAUAGAGGCAAGAGAGCGAAUCUCAAAGCUCGAGCUCGCGCGACAAGCCCGGAUAUGAUAUUGGAGUUCUUGGAACUUCCGCCAGAACUUCGCAACAUGGUCUAUGACGAACUCUGGAAGAUGAACAACCGCAUCGCAGCCUAUCAUACACAAAGUCAGACUGGUAUCCUUGCUUACUACGAUGGAACGACGCUCGAAAUUGAGCUCUUCCAUCUUGAUGACUUUGCUGGCGAGAUACUGGAUAUUGAACUUCUCGACCAAGUUCGUGCGCAAGUCAAAGCGCUCCUAGGAAAUGACUUUACCGAGAUUGUGACGCCGACGGCGACUACGGCGCACGGAGGAUACUUUGACGACCGACAGCUGUUUGACCAUUUCCUGGUUUACAGCAAGACUUGA